AGCCAUACCUAAUUUGAUAAAAAAUACUGCUAAAUAACUUGUUUAUUGUGUUUAAACUUUGGUGUGUGGAUAUAAAACUGAAAUCUAUUAUUUGGAGGUAGAUCCCCAAUUGGAGCAAAUUUAGGAUUGGAAUAUUAAGUUAAUGUUUAAAUAGGGAUAUAAAAAGCAUGUUUAUUUUAACGGAUACUGCAUAAAAUGAUGGAAAUAGGUGACCUUGAGAGUGGCAAAGUCAAUGAAUAUGAAAAUGUGAUUAACACUGGUACUGUAGGGCAGAAUGGAGUGUCAUUUGUUGACAAUAAUGUGCCUCAUGCAGAAACUCAUGGUGCAGCAUACAUAAAUCAUGCUUAUAUUAGUACUGAUAGUAUAGAUGUCUGUGUUAAUGAGGAUGUGCCACAGAUCAGAGAAACAAAAAGCUCUGCUGCCAGUGAAAAUAGGAAAACAAUGUAUUAUCAUUUUCAAGACUAUAAAGAUAGUACUGCAAAUUUACAAGAAUUGGCACAAAAGACAAGUAGUGAACAUAGCAAAAGUAGUGACAGAUUGCCCAAUAGAUAUGUAGAUUAUAAAUCCAAAGAAUGUGAUAACUUGCCACAUCAAAUCAAAUUUGAUACUUACAGAAAAAAGAAGAGCAGAUGCUUGAUAGCAAUCAUUAUUAUAGUUCUCUUGUUAGUCAUUGGUCUGGCAGUAUUCCUUGGUGUAUAUUUUGGGAUAAUGGACAAACCAGACACAGUUUCUAAGGAACCACAGUAUGAAAAAGGAAAGUUUCAGACUUCUAUGAAGAUCAAUAAACCAUAUGAUGCUGCAUAUGCAAAUCAAAAUAGUCAACAAUAUAUAGACAUGAAAACAAAAUUAGAAAGGCAGCUAACAUCUAUGUAUCAAGGCUCUGCUUUAAAGAAUGACUUUCAAGGAGUAACAGUAACAGGACUAAGCCAAGGCAGUUUAGUAGUAGACUAUAUAAUAACAUUAAACCAAAAUACAAUACAGACAGUUGGUACUGUACAGCAAGCUACAGAACAAAGUGUACAGCAAAUUAAGGAUGAUUCAACAUCUUCAUCUGAUUUGAUCAAGGCUGUAGAUGAAGUAACUGUGACAUCAGUCAUUGUGUCACAAACAACAACUUCCACUACUACAACAACAACAAAUGCUCCAACUACUACCACUACCAAGGCAACAACUACAUUGGUUGUGACAACAGAAGAUGCUCAGCCGUCAACGACAACAUCCAAAGCGCCAACUACUACCCCUACAAAAGCAUCAACAGAAGAGAUUUUUACAACACAAGAAUCUCAGCUGUCAACGACAACAACCAAAGCGCCAACUACUACCACAACAAAAUCAUCAACAGAAGAGAUUUUUACAACACAAGAUGCUCAGCCUUCAACGACUACAACCAAAGCACCAACUACUACCACAACAAAAGCAUCAACUGCAGAGGUUUUUACAACAGAAGAUGCUCAGCCAUCAAUGACAACAACCAAAGCGCCAACUACUACCACUACAAAAGCAUCAACUGCAGAGGUUUUUACAACAGAAGAUACUCUGCCAUCAACGACAACAACCAAAGCACCAACUACAGACGUACCAUCUGUUUCAUUAUCCAAAGUAUCCUACAGUGUUGCCAAUGGCAGUGUGACCUUGGAUUGUAGUGUGACCUCUACUUUAGUUGUUAGCAAUGUGUUCUGGCAGAGACAAGUACUUGGUGAUAUAGAAACAAUCAAUUCUCAAACAGAUACCAACAAAUACACUGGUAGUAGUACCAGCAAUCCGUCCUUGACCAUAUUAAAUGUCCAGCCAAGUGAUGAAGGAUCUUAUGUGUGUUUCGCAUCCAGUUCUGCAGGUCAAGGUCACAGUGGCAUCACCAAACUUAGUGUUACAGGUGUUGGUAAUCCAUGUACUGACUCUAGUUUACUUGUGUCUCCUUCCUUGGCAUGUGUUGCUGCCUCUUCAGGAGAUUUAAUUAGAAAUAACAUCACUACGAAAGAAAGAUGCAGCAUACUUAUGGGAACUAUUUUACCCUGUAUCAUAAAUAAGAUAAAAACAGAUUAUAGUGGAAGGAUGUGUACAGAGGAACAAAAACAUAACAUUAUUGUCGAUAACAGGGAGAGUAUUGGUAAUAUGCUCAAUGUUGAUCCUAUGUCAUGUUUACCAACAUCAUCUUGUACAGACAUAGAAGCCAUUACAUACUAUAUACCAGUUAUAUGUGAAUCUCAAAUCAACUCCCUCAGAUCAUUUGGAAGUUGUAGUGACUUUUCCGAUGCUUUGAAGUGUUAUUACUACCACAUUGGUAAAGAUAAAUGUGAUAUGACCCAGUACAUAUACACAGUCAGUACUAACUAUACAAAGUGGCUAGAAGAUAUAAAGAAACCAGAACUAAAUUCAUGUAAUGUUAAUAUAGACUGGAUAAAUUCUGGAAGUAAAGUUUCCUUGUGUAAUGAUCCUGAUGCAGUCCAUUUGAUUGUUAAUAUGUAUUGUCCUAAUGACCUGAAGGAGUUUAUAUCAGCCAGUCAAGAUGAUAAAUGCAUGAAAGCAAGUAAUUUGAUUGUAUGUAUAGAACAACAACUUAAAGCUGUGUUAAAAGCUACAUGUACAAUAGAUAGUAUCUAUCAACUCAUUAGUAUGUACCAGUCUCAGAUUAUAGGAGAUUCCAAUCAACCCAGUAUUCAAGAUUGUCAUAUUGUGAUGCCAACUCCUACAGAAGAAAUGACAACAAUGGAAGCUAUGACAACAAUGGAUCCACAAACAACAACAGCUACAAUAGUGGUGGUUGAAGGUGAAUUUGAGGCUAAUAUGAAAGUGAAUAAAACAUGGGAUCCAAAAUUUGAGGAUAAAAAUAGCACAGAAUAUAAAGAGUUAACAGAAAAAUUCAGAAAUCAGACAUUGGCUUUGUAUAACUACAAGAACAGUUCUGUUGAAGUUGAAGACAUUGUAGUUUUAGAGGUCAGUCAAGGCUCUAUAGUGUUUGUCAUUAUGAUCAUUCUGAAGAAAGAUUCUGCAAACCUUAGUGACUGGACCUCAGAAAAACUGAUACAAGAAACAACAACAAUAAUUGAAGCAGUUAAAAAAGACCCAGAAGUAGAUAAUUUAGACUUUGUACAAACUAUUGAUACUAAGGAAAUCUCUGUUAAAGAAGUAACAGUUGUUUUAACAGAGUGUGAUAAAAAUUCCUAUAUUAAAACAAUUAUACACAACAGAUGUGACACAGCAUUGCAACGACUGACACAGGUACAAGAUCCUCAGGACAGGUGUAGAAUUUUUCUCCAAAUGAUUGGAUGUGUUGUAUUUCAUGCCCAGCAAUGUUCUGUGGAGAAAGUGACUAAAACCAUGACAACUUACUUCCAGGAUAUAGUAUCUGGUGUAGGUACAGUCACAGGCUUUGACCCAAGCACCUGCUAUGCUUCAGCUGAUACAGUUGUUUUACCUACAAUGAUGCCUGUAACUGCCCAAGUCAGACCAUGUGUUCACCCUGAUGUAUUGUCCUAUAUAUUGAACUUUGAUUGUCACUAUGAUGCCAUACCCACAGAUAUUAAACAAGGUGCUUCAAUGACAGAAAAAUGCAGAUUUUAUUGGCAGUCAUCAGCAUGUGUGUAUAGAAUGAGUAAAAUAAACCCACUACUACAGAGUGAUGGGACAUGUACAUACAGUGACAUUACAAAUGUAUUACAACAGCAUGCCAGCCAGAUGUAUCGUGUUAAACCCAACAAUGUUAAUCCUACAGACUGCUAUAGCUAUGAUCGUGACCAAGAAAGAUGUUCCAGUUUCCUGUAUGAUCCAGAAAUGUACCAGGAUUUUGAUAACUGCCUUUACAAUGUCAUGAGGGCUAGGUUUGACACAAAGUUGGAUACUUCUAAUUUGACUUGUGUACUCUAUGAAGAGGCAACCGAAUGUGUAUUCAGAUAUUACAAGUGGAAGGGUCUAGAUAGCUGUGUCAAGAGUCAGUUUGAAUCAGAUUUAAUCUGGAUGAUAAACAUGCGUGCUGCCCAGUGGUCACAGAUGAUGGGCAUGGAUAUAAAGGAAACAGAAAUUACACAGAAAUGCAUAAGUAAUUCAACCAGUAGUCCAGAUUUUGGACACAGUAUAUGUGAAGAUGGAAGAGGGCUUAUUUUAUCUAGAACUGAAUGUAUCAGUGAAAUUUUGAUAUCUCAACCAUCAGAUUCUGUCUGCAGGACAUUUGAAGACCGUUAUAUACCCUGUAUUUUUGAGAAACUAUCACAUAAUUUCAAUUGCACUAGUCGCAAUAUAAAGAGGAGCAUCUUGGAGGAAAAUGAUCUUAUUACAAAGUUAUCUCGAGGAAAAGUAGAUUUAUCAUCAUGUAUAUCAAUGAAUGUAACAGAUAUUUGUACAUCUUAUAAACCAGAAAUUGUCAACUUUGAAGAUUGUUCAAUGGCUGCCUAUGGUUUUAUAAAUAAAACAGUGUCUACAGAGGUUCUUUGCAGUGGCUACAACGUUUUCAUUAAUUGUUUAUCAAUAAAAAACAAAGAGAAAACUGGUAAUAUGUGCAAGAAGUCAUCAUUAAAGACAUGGCUGCCUAUCUAUUUGUCAGCAUUUACAACAUUGAAGGAGACGGACAUAGCUGCUUGUAAAGUUACUGAUGAUAAUGUAAAUGAUUGUAACGAUGUGAAAGAAGUAGAGACGAUGGCCAUGGUCAGUGGAUGUACAGCUUAUUCUCAAUAUUUGAUCCACCCAAGCUGCCAAGUUUGGACACCAUAUAUUCGUUGUAUAGCUAAAAUGUUUCCAGCAUGUAAGACUGACCAAAUAGCUAAUACAUUACUGAACUCUUCAACCGUACAGGGACGUGUUCCUCAAGGUUAUGAUGUUAUGGAAUCCUGUUUCCCAUCACCAGAUAGAACUUCAUCAAAAUUUGAAAUAACUGUGACAUUAGACCUUCCAUGGAAAGUGGAGUAUGCUGAUAAGAAUAGUCAAGAGUAUGCCAACUUUACAAGGAAAGUAGAGGAACAGGUGAGAGCUCUCAAUAAAGACUACAGUGCUGCUAUUGAAUAUAUCAAAGUCAUUGAUGUCAGAUAUGGCAGUGUAGUUGUUGUAAUGGAAUUGAAAUACUACGUACAGAUAAAGGUAUCAGACAUAUCAUCAGGAACAACACAGAUGAUAAUGACUGCAAGGAGAGAUCCCAGCUCACAGUAUGACCUGAUUAAAACUGGAGAUCCAGACAGUAUUAUUAUCGAAGCAAAGGAAGAUGACACCCCGGUAACUGAUGUAUGUGGAAGCUACAAUGCUAGAGUAAUGAACAGUACUUCCUGUGCUGCGGCUGUGUAUUUCCUUUACAAUAAUACAAAUGCUGAUCAAGAUUUACUCUGCAGUGCCUACAAUCUCUACCUGAACUGUUUACAUUUAACUGUGGAGGAAGAAACAGGAAAAGAUUGUAAAAGAUCAAGUCUAGAUGCAUGGAUGCCAGCUGCUUUACCAUAUAUGCUAAAUAUUCCAGACUCUCGAUUCAGAUCUUGUGAUGUUGACGAUGAUGAUGUAUUUUCAUGUGGUGAUGUACAACUUCUGGAGAAGAUGGCGUUCAACAGUUCUUGUGCUAACUAUGUACAAUACCUACAAAGUCCAUCAUGCAGCAUGGUUUGGACUCCUUACCUAAAAUGUAUAGCUGAUAUAUUUCCAUCAUGUACAGUAAAUGGAGUAGCACAAACAUUGAUGACCUCAGCGAACUUCAGGAGUCUGGUACCACAAGGACUUGAUUUAAUAACCUUAUGUCUUCCAGAUGAGAGUUCAUCAAUGUUUGAAAUAACCAUUGAAUUUAACAUUCCAUGGAAGCCAGAGUAUUCCAAUACAUCAAGCAAAGAAUUCAAAGACUUGGAGACCAGACUUGUAAAUCAGAUUAUUACAGCUACAGGAAACAACAGUGCUGCAAUGGAUUAUUUAAAGGUGAAAGAACUUAGAGAAGGCAGUGUAAUAGCAGUAUUUCUGAUCAAAUAUUACUAUCGACUUAAGACAUCAGAUAUCAAAUCAGGCACAGUACAAAUGAUUUUGGAAGUUGGAGGUGACCCAAGGUCACAGCUUGAUUUAAUAAAGGUUGCAGAUCCAGAUAGUGUUAUUGUUGUAUCCAAAGCAGAUGACACAACAGGUUCAGAUGAUGUCUGUAAAGUUUACAGUAUAGAAGUCAUUUCUGUUCAGACUUGUACUAUGGCUUUGUAUGGAUUUAUGAAUUCAACCACCAUAGACCAAGACAUUCUCUGCAGAGUAUACAAUAUAUACUUAGAUUGUCUACAUAAGACAAUUGAAGAAAACACAGACAGGAAGUGUGCCAGGACAUCACUCAAUGGAUGGAUGCCUGCUAUAUUACCAAGCUAUCUACCAAAUAUACCAGAAUCACAAAUCAGAUCUUGUAGUGUGAAUGAUGAUGAUAUGGAUUCCUGUCAUAAUACAGAACUAAUAGAAACCAUGGCGAUGAACAGUGCAUGUUUUACUGGAUAUGAGCAAUAUUUACAGUAUCCAAAUUGUCAAAUCUGGCUCAUGUUUAUCAACUGUACAGCUAUGAGUUUUCCAUCAUGUACUAUCAGAGAUGUUGCAGAGACCUUAGUCACAUCAAAUUUUACCAGCUAUAUACCACAGGGUUUUGAUAUACUCACAUGCGUGCCAGCUGAAACUUCAAAUUUAUUUGAAAUCACCAUCAAAUACAAUAUUACCUGGAAGCCAGAGUAUGCUGAUUUAGAAAGUACAGUAGCCAUGGAAUUAGAGACCAGACUUGUACAACAGAUCAUCACAUAUACUGGAAAUGACAGUGUUUACGUUGAAUCAUUAAAAGUUAUAGAACUAAGAGAAGGCAGUGUAAUAGCAGUAUUUUCGCUUAAAUAUUAUAAUCUUCAACUGAGGACAUCAGAAGUCAAAUCAGGCACAGUACAAAUGAUUCUUCAAGUCAAGAGUGAUCCUAAGACAGAGUUUGAUUUGAUAAAGGUUGCAGAUCCAGAUAGUGUUAUUGUUGUAUCCAAAGAAGAUGAAAACCAGACGACUGAUGUGUGUGCAGUUUAUUCCGAUAAAAUAGUCUUCCCUGAUGCAUGUGGUAUGGGUUGGUUUAGUUUUUUCAACAAAACAGAUAUAGAUCAAGACUUCUUAUGCAGUAUCUAUGAAAUGUACUUAGGUUGUAUACAGGCUGCACAAAUAGAGAAAACUGGCAAGGAAUGUAAAAGAACAUCAUUAGCUUCCUGGAUACCAUACACUAUAACAGCAUUCUUACCUAAUAUAAAGGAUUCACAACUCAGAGCUUGUAGAAUAUCCAAUGAUAAAGAUAUAUGUAAUGACCCAAAGAAUUUAGAAGUAGCAGCUGUAAACACUACAUGUUCUAUUGCCAUUUUUUAUUUCCAUUUCAUACCAAUGAUUCCUUGCAGUCAAGUUACAAAUUAUUUUGACUGUUUGGGUGGAUUGUUACCUCAAUGUGAUAGAACUGACAUGGUAAAGAAGAUUGUAGAAUUACCUAUGUUUAAAGCUGUUGUACCUGGUAAUUUUGAAGCUCUUCAGUGCUAUGGAGUUGUUGACUGUGCUAGUAUUGGUUACAUUAGACAUACAGUAAGUAGUUACUGCAGCAGUACCAUGAAUCACCUGAAAGUUGUGGACCAGAGCAGAAGAUGCAGUGUUCUAAUGGAUAUAAUAUCCUGUACAGUCUACAACUCCAGGGUCUGUUCACCAGAACAUAUUAUAACUGCCAUUGAGAAAGAGCCCUGGAAUGCUCUUGGGCUUAACCCUAUAGGGGGAUUUAAUCUGUCUUCAUGUUACGAUCCUAAGAAUAUAGAUUUACAAACCAUCUUCCCUGUAAAUUCUACUGUUACUCCAUGUCUUAAUCCAGAUGUUUUACGAAGUGUUCUCAAUUACAACUGUUACUAUAUGGGACUGAGACAACAGAUGCAGGGAACCAGUGUAUUUGAUAGCUGCCGAUUUUACUGGUUUAGCUCAUCGUGUGUUUAUCAUACUACAAUGAGCAAACCUGAAUACUUUGGGAAUUGCACUUACAAAGAGGUGGAAGAUGUCUUAGAGAUGUAUGAAGACCAGAUUUUCACAAUAUCACCAAAUAAUGUCAAUGCUUCUGUUUGUUUUGGUUACAACAGAAAGGAAAAAGAAUGUUCCACUGCACUCUACAGUCCAGAAUAUUUCCCACGUGCUAUCAUGUGUUUUGAAUCUGCAGUAACAGCUUACUUAACUCCUUCUUUUUCAUUUCAUGAUGACUGUCUAAUACACAAAGAAAAUUUUGAAUGCAUGGACAGAUUUUAUAAACAAAAAGGAUUGAAGAAUUGUCACAUGACUCAGUUUGAGAAUGACGUAAUGUUUAUAACCAAGAGUAUGUAUUCCACAACAUCAGAGGCUAUAGGAUAUGACCUGAACCAGAAUGAUAUGAUUGACAGAUGCAUGGUAAAUGUAUCAAUGGAACCAGGUUUUGGUGAAAAUUUGUGUGAUGAUGGAGUGGGAUUAAUUAUGUCAAACACAACAUGUCUAACUCAUCUGAUGGCGGAACGAAAUGACAUGUGCAGAUUGGAAGGGGAGUAUUAUAUUCCCUGUAUAAAGAACAGAACAGACAAAUAUGAAAUGAAUUGUACCAAAGGUGAAAUAAGUAACAGUUUACGGAAAGAGAGACAGUUCAUUAAAGAAAUGACGAAAGGUGUACUGGACUUUACUGCAACUUGUGGAGGUGACGUAUGUUUAAGUUAUACAAAUUACAUGUAUGUUGAGGAGGAAGAAGAUUGUACAAUAGCCUUUGGUAAUGAUGAACAAAAAGAUCCUUUUGAACUGUUAUGUAAAAAAUACAAUGUUUAUUUAAGUUGUGUGACAACAAAUAUCAAGGAAAAGCAUCAGUGUGAAAAGUUUUCUCUACAUUCUUGGUUACCUGGAUACAUAGAUAGACGUUACAAUAUAUCUGGUGCAGACAGGUGUAAUGUGACCAAUGAGAACUAUUGUAAUGAAAUACACACCCUAGAACUGAUGGUGAACAAUACAAAAUGUGGAUAUUAUCUAAAUGUUAUGGCAUCAUAUCCUAGUUGUCUAAAUGCAAAGAUGUUUUUGGAUUGUAUGACAGGACUUUUCCCUAGUUGUGAUGAGUAUAGGUUAGCACAGAUCAUGGUUAACUCAGUUAUAAAAAACAGAAUUCCACAGACAUUUAAUCCAAUGGCAUGUUUUGGAGUGAGUGGUCCAUCUAAGUUUGUUGCUGAAGUGAAGAUAAAUGCAACGUGGGAUGAAGACCUAAGUUCUGCAGAGAGCAGUGAUUACAGACAAUUAAAAGCAACAUUUGAACAACAGGCAUGGCUGCUGUUCUCCAACCAAGUUUUAUUCUUAAAAGACAACAUAGAAUCCAUAGAUGUUCUUAGUUUCAAACCAGGUAGUGUUAUAGUUGAAUUUGCCAUCAUCAUUAAAUCAAAUUCAGACUUUUAUAAAACUCUGCAACUUGAGGACAUCAGACAAGAACUUGUGAGAGCAAUAAAAGAAUUGAAGAUGAAUCCUCCAACAGCACCAAACUAUUUUACAUUUGUUGAUGUGGACAGCAUAAAUAUUACAGGCAGUGAUGAUGAUCACCAAGAUGUAACAACACCAUCUACUACAACACUUGCACCUGAUUGCGAUAGUAUGAUGUACAUAUCAAGUAUUAUAAAUAAUCAAUGCGAUUCAGCAAAGUCGCAACUAAUAUUGGUCCACAAAGAUAGAAAGUGCAGUGUUCUUUUAGACAUGAUUGGGUGUUUACUGUUCCACACACGUAUCUGCAACAAGGAACAAAUCGUUUCAACAAUGUCGAGGGACUUUUGGUAUAUGAUAGGACAAAAUAUAUCAUCAGAGUUUGAUCCAUUCUCAUGUUUUGGUCCAGGAAAUGAAGUUGUAUUGCCAACUAUUGUUCCACUGAAUGUGACCUUGAUGCCUUGUGUUCAUCCUGAUAUAGUACACUACAUUCUAAACUAUGACUGUUAUUACUAUGGGUUACAGGAACAAAUGCAGGGAGAAUCUAAACUUGAAAGUUGCAGAUUUUAUUGGUACUCUUCUGCUUGUCUCUUUGGAACAUUACAGACAAACAAAGAUCUACAAGGACAAUGUUCUUUGGAAGAAGUAAAUGGUGUUUUAACUAAAUAUGAAGACGAAUUGUUUAAAGUUUCUCCAGAUAAUGUCACUAUGUCAGAAUGUCUUGGUGAGUGUUAUUUAUUAGAUUCCCCAGAUGAUGUCACUAUGUCAGAAUGUCUUGGUUUGUACGAGUCAGCAGAUAAGUGUACCAAAGCAAUGUAUGGUGAUGAUUUCUUCACAAUAGCUCAGACCUGUUACGGGACUGCUGCGUCAAACAAAGUUGCUGCUCAAUAUUAUAUAAUUGAUCUAUCUGAUUACCCAUGUCUUGUUUACCAAGAGAUGUCAGAAUGUUUAUACAGAUCAAUAAAUGAAUAUGAUCUGUGCACGGAUCUAACUGAGAUGGAAGAUCACAUAAUAUGGCUAACUAAUGGUUUAAAUGACAUUAUGACCAUAGCAAUGGGAAAACCCCUUGAUGAGAGAAAGACUGUAGAGACGUGUUUAGGUAAUGUAACAAAGACACCAGACUUUGGUCAGGAUUUGUGUGAUGAUGGUGCUGGGUUGAUUAUGUCAGAAACCAUGUGCAUUUUAUCUAUUGUUAAUCCGGUCUGCAAUUCGUUGGAGUCUGCAUACAUUCCUUGUUUGACAAACGGCUUGUCAAGGAAAAAGAUAUUUUGUUCAGCUGAAAGAAUUUGGCGUAGUCUAAGUACAGUGAGUGAGUUGUUUGGAAAGUUAACCCAGGGUAGAGUGGACAUUUCUAGCUGCAGUAGAGAUACAGGUAACAAACAAGGGACCUGUCCAGCUAUUGGUAACCAUACUGUGGGUACCUGUGUGGAGGAAUGCUCAGGAGAUUAUAAUUGUACAGGGAACCAGAAAUGUUGCUCUAAUGGAUGUGGUCAUGUCUGUAUGGAUCCUGAUUCUAAUAAUAUACCUUCAUAUGAAUUUGAAAUUACCAUAAAAUUUGACAUUCCUUGGGAGGCAGAGUAUACUGAUAAAACCAGUGUACAAUAUCAGAACUUAACAAGAGAAAUUCUAAAACAGAUGACAAUAGCAUUAGGAGAUUUUAGCUCAUCCAUUGACUUUAUGAAGAUUAAAGAACUUAGACAAGGCAGUGUGUAUGUAGUGUUUGAAGUGAAGUAUUAUAUUCAGUUAACUGCAAGUGAUAUAAGAUCAGGAACAUUAGGGUUUGUUAAUGCAGCAAGGAUGGACCCUAAAUCUGAGCUGGAUCUGAUUAAAGCUAUAGAUACUGACCAUAUCUAUGUCAAAACGAUAACAGGUAACUCUGAAGUAAAUAAACCAGGUAACUGUCCAACAUUGAUGGGAGUUGGUAUUUGUCUACAAAACUGUUCCUCAGACUCACAUUGUACAGGGGACAAGAAAUGCUGUUCUAAUGGCUGUGGUCAUGUCUGUAUGGAUCCUGCCCCUGAAGAAAAGUCUGGAAAGUUUAACAUUACCAUAAGAUUUGACUUAGACUGGAUGCCAGAAUAUAGAGAGGAAAACAGUACUUUUAGAACUACACUUGACAGUGAGCUAAAUAAAAUAAUAGCCAGCAGUGAGUUAAAGACCUACUUGAAAUAUAUCAGAGUUGUAAUGCUGAGACCCGGCAGUAUCAUAGCUGGGUGUGAGGCUGAGUUCAAUAUGAACAUAACAGAUCUAAAACUUGAGAUGACCUUGAAGACAAGAAUAGAAGAAAUCCAAGGUGACCCAGAAUACACCAUCUUACAGAAAUGGUCAGAUCUGUCUGUUGAAACAUUCCCAGAAUUAGAAGAUGUGUGUACAGAUGUGACUAAGAUAGCCAGAGAAUUACAGGUGUGUUCUUCAUACCUGAACUAUACUCAACAUAAAGACAAUGGAACUAACUGUGGGUUGUACAACUAUUUCCUGAACUGUGUUAUAAGCAGUGUAACAGCUAAUAGACAAAGGUGUACAAGAGACUCUUUAGAAGGAAUCAUGCAAACAGUUUUUGAGUCUAUUGGUCGCUCAGAUUUACAGGCUUUAGUCAGUUGUCCAGGACAGGGGCCUGUGUAUUUUAGAGCUGAUUUAGAAUAUAUGAAAAUAGUUAUCAGAACUCACUUUUCUGAUACACGACACCAUGCCCCAGAACAUAGUGCCUACAAACAAACUGCUAAGCAAUUCAUCUUUGAUGAAUUCCAGAGAUUUGGGUUAGACACUGAGUACCAUACCUUUAACGACACAGCAGUUUCAUCUUCAGCAACUUUUCAAUCUGUGAUUGGGGUACUCAAAGGUACAAGAUUUGGAACAGCUGAUGAUUUGAUUACAGGUCUUGGUGCACAUUAUGACACAGUAUUGACAUCGAAGGGAGUGGAUGAUAAUGGAUCAGGUGUGGCAGCCAUGUUGGAAGUCGUCCGACAACUCACUAAUAUAAAUAAUUCAGGAUACAAGAGAAAAAACACAAUUAUAUUUGUCUCGUUUGAUUUAGAAGAAUAUGGAGGGUUGUCCGGAAGUCGGAACUUUCUACAGGACUGGCUCACUCCAUGGUUGAUUAAAAAUUAUGGCUUGACCCCACCAACAAGAAUACAUGGUGUUAUUGUCCUUGACACAGUAAUGGAGUAUAACACUUCUAGCCAAUCACAAGUCAUUCCGCUAGAUGCUUUGGACCAGUUUCAGCAAUUUUUCCCAAGUGCUAUUGAAAGUAUAGCAUCAGAUAAUUUUAGAGGAGACUUCAUCACUUUAAUUUACCGUCAACCUACCGAUGAUAGAGUUCUGGCAGAGACAUUUAACUCGUCCUGGGCAGCUGCAGGAAGGGCUGAGUUUGAGAUUGAAUCAUUCCCAUUGCCAUUUGCAGACUUACAGAGUGUUCCACAAGAACAACUAGCACUAAUGUAUCAAUUCCUGAGAAGUGACCAUUACAAUUUCUGGGGAGCUAAUUUACCUGCCAUAUUUCUCACUGAUUCAGCUAAUUUCCGUGGUGAUAUGAUACAAUGUUACCACAAUCCUUGUGAUGACCUUGACACAAUGCUUACGGAUGACAAUGUCAAUUUCCUGGGUAAAACAGCAGAUACAGUCACAGCUACCAUUCAUAGACUUUCAGAACCUUUCAAAACAGAUUAUGUGGGUGAUAUAUGUGAGGACAGCAUGGUGAUGGAGUUAAUAGUCAAUCAGUCAUGUACUUCAUAUUUACAAGGAUUUCAGAGCCAACCACUUUGUCAAGUACUUGAUAGCAUUGUUGAUAGAUGUUUAAGUCCACUAAUGCCAGGAGAAACAUGUAACAGGAACAGAAUGUUGUCAGAUGUUGUCACCAUGGUGAUGGUUGCUAAGAUGUUACCAGUUGGAUUUGAUGCCUCAACUUGUGGUGCUGCCAAUCACUCAGAUAAUGGUGAUCAGUCCAUAUCAGAUAUGUGUUUAGGACAAUGGGGAAGCUGUGCAUCUCAACAAGAUUGUCAUAUGGCCACAUGGUCAUAUAACCCCAAUACACAGAUGAUUUCAUUUAAUAUAACAGCAGCUGUAGAUAGUAGUAAAUGGCUGGGUAUUGGAUUUAAUGGACAGAAAGCAAUGGCUGGUUCAGAUGCUUUAGUUGGAUGGAUAACACCCCAAGAAACAGUUACAGUUACUGACAGAAAUAAUCCAUCUUAUGCUGGUUCAUUCGUAGACUCAACAGAAAAUGUUGAAAAUGUACAUGGCGACAGAAUCAAUGGAAUAACAUCAAUAUCAUUUCAACGUCAUAGGGAUACCAAGGAUACUUCUGACUUAAUAUUCUCUGAAGAUAAUUGUGCUUACUUCAUUUAUCCAAUGGGAGGCAGUUAUAAUGAGAAUGAUAAAAGUAUUUUUAGACAUAGCAAGACACCUACAAUUUCAUUUAAACAAUUCUGUUUCCCUUGUGCAGAUGUUUGUACAUCUGAAGAACUAUUUAGAAAGAUGGGUAGCACUGAGUGUAAAUCCCAGGUUGAUAGCUUUAAUGAAAGUGAUGAUAUUCCUACUUUUUGUGGGAAAUUACAAAGAAUUACAGAGUGCCUUCAGACGAAUCUGGCAACACAUGGAUGUUCUAGUACAAUCAAAGACUCAACAUACCCAGUGUUACUCAACCUGCUCAGUGAACUUGUUAGAUUUGAUGCAUUGUCAAAAGCUUCAAGCUGUCAGUAGCAGCGUAACAAAUGAUCGCUAUCAGGAAAGAACAAAAUAUUUACAAUAGUGAUACAAUAUACAAACAAACUUAUUGUUAAAAAGUAUUUAUAAUGCUGAUGUAAUACACCAACUAAACAUACACAAAAUAUUAAGAAUGCUGGAGAAACAUUCGCAGGAUAAACAAGAUAUGUAUAAUGCUGAUGAACAUAAUAUUUAUAAUGCUGAUGUAAUAGUCCCAAAAAAUAAUUGGAUGAACGAAAUAUUUAUAAUGCUGAUGUAAUAGUCCCACAAAUACAGUGAUAAACAGGUUUGGUGCUGUGAUGACUGUAACCAAUAUAUAAAUUACUUGUGAAAGAUGUUCAAGUUUUGUGAUGUAUUGUGAUGUACAAGUCUAAAAAUAGAUAGAAUUAUGGUAUAUUUUAUAGAGAUCUUUAAUUGCAUGUUGGUUAUUGUUUGUUUUGUACUUAAUAAAAUAGCGUCAAAACUAAGUCCUGAAUAUCCUCUAAAUGCUUUAAUAAUUUUGUUUACAACAUCUUCAUUUUUUAUCCUAUGAUAAGUAGUUGAUUCGUUGGCAAUUAUACCACAUAUCCUUAUUUUUAUAUUUAAUCUGAUUUUUCAAACAAACAAGGCCAGCAUCAGACUUCUGUUUACACAUAUGUCUUAUACAUAUUAUGUUCUUGAAAUCCAUUUGAUGCUUGUAAACUAUAAAACCAGGUUUUAAGCACCAAAAAUUUAAGUUUAUUUUAACCACUUGAAAUCCAUUAAAACCAGGUUGGUUUUAAGCAUCUAAUAUCCAGUUUGAUUUUCAACAUUAGAAAUCCAUUUGUUUCUUGUAAACUUAGCUAGAAAACCAGGUUGGUAUUAAGCACCUAAUAUCCAGCUUGGUUUUAAACACUUGAAAUCCAUUUUAUUCUUGUAAACUAUAAAUCUAGUUUAGCUUUAAACACCUGAAAUUUAUUAUGUUGUACAUUCAGAAACUAUUGCAUUCAUUUAUUAUGGAUGAUGGAAAUUUUGGACCAAAAUGCAAGAUUAAUGUAUGCAAUUAGGGCAAAAACUGUUUUUAAAAUAUAGUUGUCAAAUUACAAAAUGGGAGAUCUUAUUAUUGAGAUACUUAUCAUGUUACAGUAUUCACAAUAAUAAAGAUAUUGCAAUAAUUUCUGAACUUAUAGUAAUCUCAUAUAACAGUGGUUUAUUGCUGUUGUUAGGUUAUUUUAUAUUUUGAUAUUUAGAAAGCUAUUAAUAUGACAUCUAUAUCUUACAAAUAUAUUUAUUAUAUCCUCUAUACAAUAAUAUAUUUGCAAUAUUUAAUACAAAAAUAUGAAAUUCUUUUUGUUUUU